CCAUUUUCUGUGUCCUCCUUGCGUUAUCCAGCACCGCCAGAAACGAUAUGUCUAAACCGCAAAGUCCAUCCCCUUCUAACACCUUGCUUCUGCGCAGGCAGCUGACCGAGCUCACCAAGAAACCUGACUCGGGUUUCUCUGCAGGCCUUGUUGAUGAAAGCAAUCUCUAUGAGUGGGAAGUCCUGAUAAUCGGUCCUCCGGAUACACUCUACGAGGGAGGCUUCUUCAAGGCGCGAUUGUCGUUCCCACCAGAGUUUCCGUUACUACCACCCAAGAUGCGUUUCAUCACUCCCAUGUGGCACCCAAACAUUUACCAAGAUGGGAUUGUUUGUAUCUCCAUUCUUCACGCACCAGGUGAAGAUCAGUACGGGUAUGAAGACGCAGGCGAGCGUUGGAUGCCUGUCCACAGCGUGGAGUCAAUUCUCAUAAGUGUUAUUUCGCUGUUGUCCUCGGAUACUCCCAACACCGAUAGUCCUGCAAAUGUGGACGCGGCCAAGGAGGUGCGAACCGACAUUGAAGGUUACCGAAAGAAAGUGCGACGGUUGGCUCGUAGGAGUGCCGAGGAAGCCUUCGAUUAGGCUUUGAGUUUUUUUCUUGUCCUGGCGCCUCUUCCUGUCAUUUCCCUGUCUGUUAUUAGUACAUCGUAGUACCUUUUGUAUCUUGAUUGUUUCAGUUCAACUAGUCAUUUAAUUC